GUUUUGCAAGUGUCUCUGGGCACCCCUCCCUGCGCCAGCCUAGUUUGGGAACAGCAAGCUGGCUGGCAAAUACCUCUUGGAGGAGACAGGGCCCCUGACAAGUCUCAUGGGAGAAAGAGGAAAGAUCUGGUUUCACCUUUGAAAUCCUCUUUGGCUUGGGCACCUGCGGAAAGAGAAUACCCAGUAAGGUGGGCAGCGAUCCUGGCACCGCCUGGAAUUGAUUUGGAGUACAGCCCUGGCAGUGGCAGCAUUUGGGAAUGGCUGUCUCUGAACCCACACAGAGACUAGGAAGCUCCAGUCCAGACCUAAGGGUUGCUGAAGGAAACCAGGAAAAAGCACCAACAACACUUGUAAAAGAAGAGCUUUCUCCCAAAACACAAGAAGAAGAGGAGGAGGAAGAGGAAGAGUUGGAGGAGGUCCAUGCCAUGGAGACAAACGUGAGAAACAUGGUUUUUACUAUCUCUCCAAAUACAGGCCUACAAAAUAAAGAACAAAAUGUCCAAUGGACCAUGAUGCAAGGGGAAAGGAUGUCUGACAGCAAGGAAAAUGAAUAUCUUGAGUUUAGGCACCAAGAUCAGAAGGCUGACCAUAGAGGAGAAAGGAGAGAUGGAUCUAGCUGGGUGGCUAAGUCCAUCAAUGGUCAAUCCAACCUCUGGACGCCACCCCCAGACAGAGACUCUAAGCUGGAAGUGGUCCGGUCAGGUUCACUGUAUGACAUCCAGGAAAAAGGGGAGAGGAAACCCUCCCGGCUUUAUGAUCAAGAGGACGAUGAGCUGCUGUAUAGGAUUCCCCCUGAGGACAUCUCGCCAGAGAAGGCCAAAGAACUUGAGGAUGAAAGGCAAGAAAUUAUCAGGAGCCAAGCAGUGAGGAAAAGAGGGAUCCUAACAUCUUGUUGGGUGUCAGGCAAGAGGCUGUGUCUCCAAGGAGGAUGCCCAGGAGUGCUUCUGGAAGAGGCGAAUGCCAGACCUUAGUGAUCCUGAAAGAGACCCACCAAGUGGAUCCCUCGAACCCAAGAGGAUGGGGCAGGCCUAAUGAAAAGAUAGAUCAUGUCACCCCUCAAAGACUUAUAUCUCAUGAACAAGUUACACUUGCUCAAAACUCUGUUAGGGAAAACCUGGCUUCCAGCAGCUUGGGGAAAACACACCCUGGCUUAAAAGUUGUGAUUAUUGAUGAAAGGGUCUCCCGAAGCAACACUGGGAACUCUCUGGAUUCAGUGGUGAGUGGCCCAGGUUCAAUGGAAGGGCUGGAGGCCAAGAAGGAGACCCCCAUUGAGCAGGAGAUCUGUUUGUCCCUGGAGAGGGAGGAAGACCUUUGGAAACAACGAGGAAUCCAGAGGGUGAACAGCCGGAAUGAACUUGUAGAGAUCUGUGCAAAGCCU